AUGGCCUGGACAAAAAAGACAUACCACACAAACACCGACCAGACAAGGGAAGAGUCCAUCGCAUCUUUCAGCUCGGAGCCCUGGUGCGCCAAACUCCUGACGGAUCCAACCCUGACCGUUGAGCUGCCACCCAGCCGCUACCGCAAGCCGAGCGGAGAGGACGAGCUGUUCGCGCACACGCUCAACAACAAAGACAACGUCUCGGGCUACCUGUCCAUAUACAAAACGCCAGCACCAGAAGACGCCGUUGAGGAGCUUACAUUACUGAUCCGCCUCGGCAGCGGUCUCAAUGGCUUCCCAGGCACCGCCCACGGCGGCAUCGUUGCCACACUUCUAGACGAAGCAACGGGCAGCAUUCUCGUCCUCAACAUGCUCAGGGGCGUCUGGCCCAUGAUCCCGGCCAUGACAGCGUAUCUCAACACGACAUUCAUCAAGCCCGUUCCUACCUCUGCUACUGUGCUUGCUAGGGCUCGGAUUAACAAGAUUGAUGGGCGCAAGGUGUUUCUAUCGGCUGUGAUUGAGGAUGCACUUCGACGGGUGUUCCUGCAGCGCGAGCGUGAAACCGGACAGGGGUCCUUCCUCAAGCACGCAAGCCUGCAAGCCCCAGUGCGGAGCCUGACGGAUGGCUGGGCCGCGCUAGGGCAUGCGGUGACGUUACGCUGA